CGGACCAUUGUGGAUAUAUCGUGUGUUUUGAACCGAAACCGGAUUACAUUUGCUGGAUCAUAACGGACAGAAUGAGACCACACACGACGUGAAUUGGCGAUGUUUGGGGGUUCAGAAGUCAUCAGAAGUAUCAUCACACUCAGAGCUUUGUGUCUGUUAUGGACAGCUGCAGAUCCAUCUUGCCUGUGUCCAGUCCCUUCUUCCUGUCUGUUUCCUCACCCCGACCGGUCGAGGCGGAUAGCCAGCCACAUUUAGCCUUAUCCAGCUGGUGGUUUCUUCCUCGUUGAAGAGCGAGUUCUUCCUGUGCACUGUUGCUGUUAAAUGGUAAUUAAUUACAAUUAAAAGGCUUGCUGUGCAGUAUGUGAAAUUUGUUUAGUUCGGUAAGGUCUUAAGCCGUACCUUGUAAUGUGUCUUGAGAUAACUACAGUAUGUUGUUAUUUGGCAAUACUACUAUGAAUAAUAUUUAAUUGAAUUGAUCAGUGAUAUUGAGCUGAGCAGAAACUCAACAAACAGAGCUAACACUGUUAUAACCAGGUUUGAAACUAACGUCAAAUGUUUGUUUACCGUAGAAUAAAGAACAACAAACACCAGGUCUGGUUCUCUGGCUUCCUUUGGUCCUGAAGUUGCUAAGACACCCAGUGUAAUGAGACACUGACGUGUAUCCAACUAAUUCACAACACGUGACACAAUGACCAGCAUUUCUGCCUCCAUACGAUCAAAGACAAACAAUAUAAAUGUCAGGUCUCUGUCAGCAAACCUCAGUUUAGGGAGCUGUCAACAGGUUUCAGUUUGCUGUGUCAUCCUUAAUAUUUGUUGUUAUUUCUAGGGAAACAGUUAUUGUGAUGAGGCAAGCAGAGAGAUCAGCCUCCACAAUUAAUACUUCGUUUGUUCGUCCUGCAGCUUUUUACAUCAAUGGCUUCACCAACAUCCCUCAUGCUCAGUAUUACUACGUGUUCCUGUGCUUCGUCUACAUCAUGACUGUUGUUGGGAACGGUUUUCUGAUGUCUGUGAUUUACCUGGUGAAGACUCUUCAUUCUGCUAAAUACAUGAUUGUGUUCAGCCUGGCUUUAACAGAUCUGUGUGGCAGCACUGCUCUCAUCCCUAAAGUCCUGGACACGUUCUUGUUUGACAGGAGAUACAUUGUCUAUGAGGCUUGUUUGAGUUACAUGUUCUUUGUGUACUUCUUCACAAGUGUGCAGUCAUGGACACUUGUCACUAUGGCCUAUGACAGGUUUGUAGCCAUUUGCUUCCCUUUAAAUUACCAUCGUAUUGUGACUAAACCAGCUGUUGCUGUGAUGCUGCUGUUGACAUGGGCAGCUGUAUUAAGCUUGAUAGCGUGCAUGGCUGGACUACUGGACCGACUGUCCUUCUGUGGGUCUUUGGUGAUACAAAGUUUUUACUGUGACCAUGGACCAAUGUAUCGUCUUGGUUGUAAUGAUUUUUCUCCCAAUUACAAUGUUGCAAAUGUUUUUUUAGUCACAAUAAUAUUUUUGCCUUUGACAUUAAUAGCACUGACCUACGUGUGCAUUGUUGUUGCUCUGAGCAGGAUCGCAUCAGGACCAGAACGACUCAAAGCUCUGAAAACUUGUACUUCUCACCUAAUUCUUGUUGCUAUUUUCUUUCUACCACUCAUGGCCACGAAUUUAGCUGUUCUGACAUCCUCUCUUCAUCCUAACACCAGGAUCAUCAACUCCACUUUGACACACACUGUACCAGCUCUGCUCAACCCCAUCAUUUACUCUUUAAAGACUGAAGAAUUGCUGAAGUCUAUUAAAAAGCUUUGGAAAAUCAGUAGACUUAAAAUUAUAACUUAAUUUAUAACAUGAACUUUCACCACGGCUCUAGUGACACACAUGUAACUGAAUUGAAAGCGUCUUAUUCAUAAAAAUUUAAUUUAUUGUUUGUUGUCUUUAAAUGUUGUAAAUUCUAAUAUUUAAUUACCUUAUAAUAAACUCCCUUUGCAGAAUUAAAGAUGUGGAUUAUUGUGUCUUAAUCUAGUAACUGUCUGUGUUU